GCCCCCGACCGGAGAGCGCUGUGGGCGUUGGAGUUGUGGAGUUGCAGAGGUACCCAUUCUCUUCAAGAACCACCUUACAGUGACUACCCUGCUUUUUGACUGCAUACUAUUAAUGUGGAGUCCCCAUUGUGUCUAGUACAGAACCUUCUGAAAACAGAAGCCUUGAAUCAGGUCUUUGGAUAUGAAGUCUGAAAAGAAUUCCAACAUGCCUCCAGGGACACAUAUCCAGUUAAGUUAUUAGUUCCUUCUCUGCUUUUAUGUCUCUCCCUUCUGUACUUGACUUCCCCUGAAGUCUGCUUUUUGUCUUCCAAUCUAUCACUUUUAUACCCACACAUUUCCAGAAUCAUUUUUAGAAUUUAACAACAAAUGCUAUGCAUAUUUGACAGACUUUUUAUGGCAAGAGUUGAGUAAAAGUUGAUGCCCAUUCAUAUAAAAGCUGAAGUCCACAUGAAAUACAGUAAAGCUAUUAAGCUCCAAUAAUCAAGUAGAAAUGUUGUUGUGAUAAUGGAUUUAUUUCAUGAGCUCAUCAGGUUUCUUAUCCUACCUAGUUUCUCACUGCAAAGAGCCAAGGUACCUUCACCCAUUUUUCCCUCUAACCUGUAUUCUAAGUUUCCCUCUCUUUACCUCAGACAUAUCAUCAUCCUCCAGUAGACUUAGAACAGAAACAUUAUUCAUAUUAACUGUCUUUUUCAUUCCAACAACAACACUUUUAGCAUUUUGCAGUUUUUCUUCAUAUUGAGAAAUAUCCCACAGUACAACCUACAAUGAGAAAGGAGUAUAUUAUUAUUUCAUUCUUUGUAUUAAUACUCAUUUUUUCAAAUACAAUUCAUGUUUUUUUUCUCUGGGGAGAAAUAAGAAAUUCAUUCUCUGUACUAGAAUUUAUGAAGACUUUUACAGCAUCACCUCUUUAGUGUGGUGCCAUAAGUUGAAAGACUAUACUUAUAGUCAACAAAAAGAAAAAGAAAAAGCCUGCAUAGUUUGACAUAUUUUGAUUUUUAAUGUAUUUUAUUGAUGUACUGCAAACAACCGUCUUGAAGUAAUGGCUCAAUUCAGGAAUAAUCAGAACAUAGCAGAAUUUCUAUAAUUCAUUUCACAAGAAAAGUUCAGGGAACUGUAAACUCUCCCUCAACUGCAAAACUGGAGAGAAAACUUCCCUACUCAUAGAAAUGACUAAUUCUGUUAUUUGAGUUCUGAAUUCUUGAGACUUUGAUAUCUUUUGUGAUAGUGAUUAUAGUUGUUGAGUACAUCUUUUCAACCUUUUUUUAUACUGUAAGAAAAGACAGAAAUAUCCGAUUUUAUUCUUAAACGAAAUUAAUACCUGUCCACUGAAGCAGCCACCAGCAAUAAUGUUUGGAUUACUUGGGCUGAACUGAAAGCAGUAAAUGUCGUCAGGACACUCUAAUAUUAACUGAGAAGAAGAAAAAACCAAAUAGUUAAGAAAUACAGUCAUAUUUUCUCUUUUUAUAUGAACACUUGGGGUAUGUAAAAGUCUUGAUUACAUACCUGAGGGUGGAUAGGGUCAAAAAAGCUCCAGAAAAUAAUUACUGAGUCAUGCUGUACCUUAGUUCUCUCUUCUUUGGAGGGUAGCUUUGUUGCUGACACUGCUAUAAUCCCUGAUUGAGAGAGAAAGCAAACUUUCUCGGAGACAAAUCAAAUUCCAACAUAAUAUUACUUAUGCUGUCUAGGAAAAUACUGUGUGGCUGCAUUUUUUGGAUAGGUCCUAACCAAGUGGAAGAAGUUUGAAUAUGAAUUCUUCUUCAACUUCCUUUUCGCUGCCAAGAGAAACCCAUGGUUUGGAGACAGGAGGCUUAUAAGCACAGACAUCUUGAGUUUCCUCUUUCUCCUCCUCACUGUCAAUUUCUUCUGCAGUUUCUGGAGGCUGUGACAUCAAACAUGUCGCUCUGUGCCUGUUCUUCUAUAAUCAUCCAUGACAAUUAACAAAAUGUAUGACACGUCUGGUACACCCUGCAUAUACCAGGUGCUCUGCAUUGGAGAGAAGCUGUAAGGAAUCUGUCAUCUUGUGUACGCUGCAAGAUUCCGUGCACCGAAAGCUUCCCCUUACCAUUACCUGCUCACACCUGCUUAGGACAAUUAACAUGCAAAUCAUGUUAUGUGCAGAGGUGAGAAAUGGACAAAGCUCACUGAUGUUGUAUGGUAGCAGAGCCGACAGGUGUGUGGGUAGACCAGGUUAUUACAUUCUUCAUAUCUGCAAUACUUUACGCACCAGGUUGUUUUUGUUUUCCUUUUGAGGCUCGCUUGGCUUUUUCACCUCUCUGUUUCUUUGCUGAGGUUUUUGGACUUUUCAAGGUGGUCUUGCCAGAUCUGAGAUUUUUGGGCAUGUUUUCAGAAUCUCUAGAGAAAAUAGAUAUCAUCAACCAAUAGUAAGCAAACAGUUGAACUCAGGAGUGAAAAUUUGGCCCUUAAUUUUAUAUAUUUUAUUAUCACAGUCCAAUUUUCAUCCGCAGCUAACACUCCGGAAUUUAAAACAUAAAUUAUAUGGUAUGUAGCAGUUGGAAAUUCACCUGUCCAGGGUUACUAAAUACACAAGCUGAUUAUCAAAAGCAGUGAAAGGUUAAGUUAGAACAUGCAUUACCCUUUAAGAAAGCUGGAGAACUUGAGCUAUAAGGUAUAAAGUGUAGGUGAAGAUUCCACCGCUGUUCAUAUUUGUCCCAAUCUCCUUAAAGUGUAAAUCAUUACACAGGUGUACAAAGCAUUCUUGUGCUUUUGCAUUUCCAUUUAAUUUAUCAGUGGUAGCUCCGUGGAGGACAGAUUUGGAAAGAAACCAUGCAUGCAACACUUGAGCAGCUGGAGACUAUACUGUGCAGAAAACCACUUCUCUUUCACUUACUUCCCUCAUUCUCAGUAUUCAGCAUAAGGAUAAGAACAGCAGCCUAAUAAAGUCUCAUUUCCAUCGCAAAGAAAACGAAACCCAGCCUGCCCACUACACGGACCGGACGGCACAUCACCAGUAAAUACAGUCCCAGCACCAUCAUGUGGAAGAGAUCCGCAUAGCAUCCAGUAAAACUGAACCUCUAUGGUCCACAAACUGUAAUGAAAAGUACUGAAACUUGUUUGAUGUUGCUAUUGAACAGCUAGAGGUAUUCAGCUGGGAUAAGGACAGUGGGACUCCCAGUGUUUGUGCUACAAUUACCCUUAGCAAUAGGAAAGAAACAUGAAGCCUCCCUCCCUCUCUUGCAUUUACCACUUUUCUUAGGACUAUAAGCUGACUGGCAGAGUAACUGGUUUUUUUAAUGUGUACAAAACACCCACAGAAUGUGGGUACCACUUCACAAGUACCAGCAGAUUCACUUCUCAGAAUGCUGCAACCUUUGCCCUGCGAGAGUUGAUGGCUUUGGGAGAUUUAAAAAACAAACAUAAAUCAACACAAGUAAAUCAUGUGCUGUAAGGACGUGACUGUAAGGAGGAAGUUCAUUUUUUUUUCUGUCCUCACUCACAGUCAUUUUGUGAAGUACAGAACUACAAACACUGAUGAUAUAUUUUUUUAUGUUUAAUGUUCAACAUUUUCCUAAUUGUAAUCUUUCAAAGGUGCCUCUACACUGAGUAAUGCAUGGUUUACAGUUCUGAAAUGCUUAAGGCUACCUUAACUUACCACAGAUCUUACUUCAGGUAGGUUAAAGAAAGUCAAUUUUCUCUCUCUCUCUUUCUCUCUCUCUCUCUCUCUCUCUCUCUCUUUAUUUUAUUAUUUUUAUAUUUUUAUUAUUUUUAUAUUUUUAUUCUAUAUUUUAUUUUAUUGUUAAGGUAUUCCCUCUCCAUCUCUUUGUAUGUUUUAAAUAAAAUUUGUGACCAGCAUUGCUGCCGCUGAAUAAAGCAGACAGUGGUGCCUGUAGUUAGGAGAGCUCAGUUGCUUUAGAAGUUAGCUGACGGAUGGCAUGAACCGUGUUCUGUAUGUUACAGUCACGUUGUCUUACUCAGCCAUUUCAUAAUUAUACACUGAGAUAAAGCCAGUUUGGGCAGUAUGAGUUCUGCUGAGUAACCGGAACCCUAAGUCACACGGACAGAGGAAACACUGGAAGGGCUGAGAUAAAUCACGUGGCUACUUCUAGCAGGACAGCUUGCAAAUAAAAACAGCCUUUCGCCUUCGACUGACUUCAAAAAUAUUAUACCUGUAAAAGUGAUCAAAAUUCUGCCUCCAGGUGAUGUGGUUCUUCCUUCUUUAACUGGAAGAAUCAACUGUACUACACAGAUGGGGAAUGCAUCUGUAGGCAAAUGUUAAUACAAGAAGUGUCUCCAUUUUAAGUGUUGCAAAUGAAUAAUGCAGCUAUCAGUGAGGACCGUUUAUGGUUCCACCUGCAGUGCAAAGAACCGCAGUGACUGGAAAGGUGAUAUAUCCAGAACAGUUAGAAAGCACAAAGUAAUUACCUCCUUUCACAAUAUCCCUAGCAUAUCAUAUCUGUCCACUUGUCUUCCUGUGGGCACUUGAUUGUCAGCUGCCAGGAAAUAUAUAAGGCCCCCAAAGAAAGCAAAAGCAGGACUUCUAAAAGCUUAUCUGAAAGAUAAUUGAGCCCACAUCCAUUCACAGGCUAUAUAUACAAUGCUUUGGGUUUACUUUCGUUGUUUAAGCGGGAUUAUGGUACUGACCUCUAUGUGCUCCCUGUGGGAGGCUGGCACCCAAUGAGAACUUCAAAGCAUGAGCUGGACAGCAGUCUUCCACCUGCCACCACUUCUAAAAAAGAAACGUAACUUGAAAAAAACACGAGUGCAGAAAACAGAAGGUACAAAAGAAGAACUGAGAAUCAAUCGAUAUACACUCUGCCUGCUAUUUUAUGUGAGCAGUGACACGCUGCGUUCAGUUUCUCAUUACAGAUGCUCAGCCUCAUUUCUCAGCCAAUUUUCAGCGGGACACAGCAUUAUGGUAUGUAAUUGCCAAGGCCCACGUGAACGCUUGUCAUCGUGUAGCCUCAUUGAGCUGUAGCUGGGUGAAACGUUCUGAACUUUAUAGCAUCAGAAAGAGCAAAAGGAAGAUCAGAAUGUUCUCCUCCCUGGUUAAUGGGACGCUGACGGCUGCGGAACAGAGGCGUGGUGUUGCUGGGUGCCGUGGAUGGAAGGAGCACCACCUGUCAGCAACACAACCGCUGCUGUCUGAACGGAGGGCACGCAGUGAUUCAUUACCUGCUUAAUUGAGCGAUUUAGAUUUCAGUUUGUGUGCAUUGCCAAUUUAAGACUAAUUUACUCCCAUUUGCUGUGAUAAAAAUGGGGUCGAUUCAACAGAAGGGCUACGAGGAAAUUGUCAGAAACACGCUCUGCUUUUCUUUUUCUUUUGGUGGUGUCACUGUCAGGCUAAAGCCCACAGUUCUGCCUGCAAACCCUCAGGAACUGACUAAAAACACCAUCUCCGUGAUGACCUGCUGGCUACAUCACUUCACGUACAGUGUUUGCUUUAUUUAAUCCACUCUGCUCUACACGAAGAGCAAACAACACAGCUCAGGUUUGUACUGCAACAAAUGGUUGUACGUACUUGAGUGCAGCUUCAUUCCGUGAGCCUGGGCUGAAGCCUUGGCAGCUGCCCCAUCCGCUCUGCACGUGAAUGGACCUUAUUGAAGGAUCUGAGCCUACGUGAGCCGGGUGCAGAUUUCGUUAUUCGGUAGAAAUCCGCAGAGGUUUUUGUUUGCAGCGAAGGCGAGGAAGAAUGAGCUCCGCCGUCCAACACGCCCGCCCGGCGCCCGCAUGGAAGGCCGCUUACCUGCGCGGCGUGCGGUUGUCACGGCAACGGCGUGUGGCGGGAUUGACGUUUCCGACAGGCAAUAAGCGCGCUGCUUUCCGAGCCCGCCCCCACGGGGGAAGUCGCUAUUGGUUGAUCUGCAGAGGGGCGGGAAAGCUCCGCGUCCCGGCUUGGGUGCGCGAGGGGCUGCCGGCAGCUGGCCGGGGCUGCGCUGGGUGCCUGUCGGGUGGGGGGAGGUCCGGGUGGUUCGGCGCCGUCUGGUUCGGCGAGGAGCUGCGCUCCUCUGUCCGGCGCACGGCGAUAGCUCGGUUUGCCCCAGCGUCAUCCCCCGAGCCCGCAGCGCUCCCGGAGCAGCGUGUGCCCCGUUCCGCCGCCUGCCCUUUGCAAUUCCGUAACCGGAAGGGUCUGUCGCGUUGCGCUGUGUUUUGCUCUUUUUCGUUUAAUUAAAGAUUUGGCACGGCAAACUGUAGGACGAGUGACUCGGCCUUCCCUCCCGCCGCAGCAGCCCCGGACCAAAGCCGGGCAGGGCGGUGCCGCGCCGCGGGCAGUGCCUGCAGGCGGCGGUAGGGACAGCGAGGCCGCCGAGCCGCUGCACCCCACCGGGCGCCGGAGCGCGGUGCCCGCAGCGGGAGCGCAGCGCAGCAAUGGAGACUCCUGAAGUGGCUGUAAGCAGCUGCAGUGCUCGGGAUGACGAAGGGCUCUGCAGCUACGGACAACACCUAUUGCUGCCACAAGAGCUGGUGGCGGAAGACCAGCUCAGGAGGAAGCUGAAGUUCUUCUUCAUGAACCCAUGUGAAAAAUUCUGGGCUCGGGGCAGAAAACCUUGGAAACUUGGGAUUCAGCUGCUCAAAAUAGCAAUGGUUACCAUUCAGCUGGUGCUUUUUGGAUUGAGCAAUCAAAUGGUGGUUGCUUUCAAAGAAGAGAACACUAUUGCAUUCAAACAUCUCUUCUUGAAAGGGUACAUGGACAGAAUGGAUGAUACCUAUGCGGUAUACACACAGACAGAUGUCUAUGACCAAAUAUUCUUUGCCAUCAAUCAGUACUUACAGUUGCCCAACAUUUCUGUUGGAAACCAUGCUUAUGAGAAGAAAGGAGCAGAAGAGACAGCUCUGGCUGUAUGUCAACAGUUCUACAAGCAAGGAACCAUCUGUCCUGGAAAUGACACCUUUGAUAUAGACCCAGAGAUUGUGACUGACUGCUUGUACAUUGAGCCGAUGAUGUCUUUAGACAACAGAACAGUGGGAAAGCACAAUUUGAAUUUCACUCUGGAUUUCCACAGGCUCGUGGCAGUGCAACUCAUGUUCAAUCUGAAGGCAAUCAACCUCCAGACCGUCCGUCACCACGAGCUCCCUGACUGUUACGAUUUCACCCUGACGAUAGUGUUUGAUAAUAAAGCCCACAGUGGAAGAAUCAAAAUCAGUCUAGACAACGACAUAGAGAUCAGGGAAUGUAAAGACUGGCACGUUUCUGGAUCAAUACAGAAGAAUACGCAUUACAUGAUGAUCUUCGAUGCUUUUGUCAUACUGAUCUGUCUGAGCUCAUUGAUCCUUUGCACUCGAUCAGUAGUCAAAGGAAUUCGGCUCCAAAGAGAAUUUGUAAGUUUUUUCCUAUAUUAUUACAAGAAAGAGGUAUCUUACAAUGAUCAGAUGGAAUUUGUCAAUGGCUGGUAUAUCCUCAUUAUGGUUAGUGAUGUCCUCACUAUCGUUGGAUCAACUCUCAAAAUGGAGAUACAGGCCAAGAGUCUGACAAGUUACGACGUCUGUAGCAUACUCCUAGGAACAUCCACUAUGCUGGUGUGGCUUGGAGUCAUUCGCUACCUCGGUUUCUUUCAGAAGUAUAAUCUUCUCAUUCUAACACUGCGAGCAGCACUACCCAACGUCAUGAGGUUCUGCUGUUGUGCUGCUAUGAUCUAUCUAGGUUAUUGUUUCUGCGGAUGGAUUGUACUGGGGCCAUACCACGUGAAGUUCCGUUCUCUGAAUGUGGUUUCUGAAUGCCUCUUUUCAUUGAUAAAUGGAGAUGACAUGUUUGCCACUUUUGCAAAAAUGCAGCAGAAAAGUUACUUGGUUUGGUUAUUCAGUAGAAUCUACCUCUACUCCUUCAUCAGCCUGUUCAUCUACAUGGUGCUAAGUCUCUUCAUUGCACUCAUUACAGAUACAUAUGAAACUAUCAAGCACUACCAACAAGAUGGCUUUCCAGAGACAGAACUUCAGAGAUUUAUAUCACAGUGCAAAGACUUACCAAACUCUGGAAGGUACAGAUUAGAAGAGGAAGGUUCUGUAUCUCUCUUCUGUUGUUGCAGUGGAGAGGAGAUGGGGGCAUGUUUUGGAACCAGGACAGAGCAGAACCUGCAGCGACACCGCCUAGAGCUGAGAGCCCUUGUUCCGACCGGUUGCCUUACUUGGGAUGAAAGUGUGGGAUGAAGUGGAGCAGGCCUUGCUCCUGGGUCCUAGUGAACAUAUCUGAUGGUGUGUGGGAACAUACCACGGAGGCUCCGAAGCAGCACACGUUGCAGGAAGUGGGUAGCAUAGAGCUGGUGGAAAAUCUUACACCCUAAAUCUAAAUGCUUUUCUCCAAAACCAGUGUAAACCUGUGGCAAAAGCUUGUGAUACACUUACAGCCUUUCUGGUCAGGCGCUCUCACUUCUAGCUCAGGUUUGUUUGGUUUUUAGCUUUGCUCUAUUUGUUUCCUCAGUUAAAAUUUGCUAGACUGCAAAGGGCAUUAACAAGCUGCCUGUGUUCAGACUUGGCUAGACUACACGGGUAGACUAGGAAGGCAGUAACUUUCAACACGAAGAAAUAGCGCCAGACAACAGUGACUUUGAGCAUCAAGCUAGCCCUCAGUACUGCAGGCAUUCUCUCUCAUGCAGUGAGCGAAUUAAAGCACUCUGGUGCCCUCAGCAGUUUUCUUUAUCUGUAAUAAUCGUGACAAUAAAUUAAAACUAUGAAAUUUGGUGGAACUUGUUUCUGGAGACAGCGCAGUGGGUUGAUUUACAAGCCAUUCAAAUAUGGCUUUGAGCAUCAACUAAAUAUUUGUGUGAAGAGAAGCACCACGUGAGGAAUAUGGCACUCUCCUCUCAGAGAGGCGAGGAUGUGAAAGGCUGGAAAUGAAGUCGGAGGGGGGAGGUGAGUGGGGAGAUGUGGAUGUCCCACAGCCAGCCCCAGCCAGAGUCCCUUACAGCAUUCUGCUGGGCAGUGUGCUGACCUUACAUUUUUAAGGCAUGGUCAGGGCAGAAGCACUUUCAAAGUAUAUAUUUUUAAGUAGAGAACUUCCUUUAGUGUACCAGACUGUAAACCUGGACUAAGGUAAAGACACAGACUCUGAGAGUCACAUCUCACCACACAUUAGAAACUGAUGUUUCCUACCAACCUGUAUGACCUGGUACUGUCUGUGGCUGUCCAGAAUAUUAGAUCUUACACAAGAUCAGUUCCGUCAACUUAGUUUGUAUAGUUUGCUCGUUGUGAUACCGUGCAAUGGAUGCCUUAUUUCCUAUUGUCUCUUCACUAUCGGAGCAGAAUAGAAAGACAAAGGAAAGCACGUUUUAGAUAACUUGCAUUUUAAGCACCAAUCCCGUAAGUGUGUGUGAAAUCGGGUGAUGAAAUUCUGUGUGCUGCGCACCAACACAGUGGGCACUGAACGCCUUUUGUCUGCAAGUUUACUUACUGUAAAUGCACUACAAUAAACACCUGCAGUCGCGAUAA